AUGUGGGUUCAAUAUAUUCCUCACAUUAUGCCAAUGGAAAAACCCAUGUUUCAUAUUCAGAAGCGGUUCGCAUAUUAUAGGUUUCAUAAACGCGUAGGUAAAGGGUCUUGGGUUGGAUAUAUAGAAAGAUAUAAAGUUCCCAGAAGUAUUGAAAAUACACAAAGAUUAAUUUAUAAUUAUGAAGGUAGUUAUUGUGAGAAGAAAUUAUCAUGCAGCUGGUUAUGGAUGUUACCCAAAAAGUUAGCUCUGUCAACUACCUCAGAUGAAGUUUUAAAUGUAUGGGUUUAUUAUCGACAUAAAAAAAAAAAAGCCUACCAUUAUUUAAAGGUUUUAAAAAGACUAGUAGAUGUUGGUUUCUGUUCUUCUAGUGACUGGAGAUUUAAAUUAAUUACUUCUAGAAUUCAAAAUAAAAUAAAUACAUUUUUGAAUUUGCCACGAAUAUGUUUUUAUUAUGGUAAAUUAAAAGCUACUGCUCAAUUAGAAAAUCUUACAAAAAUGUUAUAUAACAGAUUAAAUUCAUAUAUGCCUUACCAACUAAUAUUGUUAUUAAGAGCCUUCGCAUAUUGUAACCUACAAGAUAUAUAUCUUUUUAAUAAAAUUAGAGAUAUCCUUCAACCACAAAUAAAAUCACUUCCUUUUUAUUAUUUAAUAAACAUUGUUGAGUCCUAUUCGUCUUGUUUAAUACAUGAUUAUUUAUAUCUUAAUCAAAUCGUAGAAGAAAUUAUCUAUCGAAUUAAUAUGUGUAACCAAGAAUUUGUAAAAAAUUUGAGUGGACCUAUAUCUGAGAGGGUGAAUAAUGUAUACAGGGAUACAUUAUUAAAUUAUAAAAAUGUGAAUAAUUCAGAUAAGGAGAUAAAUAAUAAUGAAAUUGGCAGGAUUUCUAUGAAGAGUAGGAGUAUUAUGAGCAGCCAUAUUAACCUUUAUGAUAAAGAUGAAAACAUAAAUGAAGAUAAAGAUGAUGACAUAAAUGAAAAUAAAGAUGAUGACAUAAAUGAAAAUAAAGAUGAAAACAUAAAUGAAGAUAAAGAUGAGGAUUCAUUUUCUAACUUACCAUCUGAUGAUGAUUUAAUAAAAUAUAAACAAGAACAAUUUAAUUAUUAUCCAAAUAUAAAAAAUAUAAUAGAUGUAGGAUAUUAUUUGUCCAAUUUAAAAUUUCAGAAUUAUAUUUUUUAUGAUUAUAUAAGUAAAUAUAUAAUAUAUAUGUUAAAAGAACAGAAUUGUUUAAAUCCAUAUUUUAUAGAAAAAGUAAUAUUAUCAUUUCAUAAAAUAAAAAUUAAUGAUAUAGUUUUAUAUGAAUAUAUAUUAAAACAUAUUGAUUUAUAUUUUUAUGACUAUCCACCAAGUGUCUUAUGUAGUAUAUGUUCUUGUUUAUCAUGUGUAUUACCAUUAUAUUAUUCCUCAAUAUAUAGGAUAUUAAAAAAAAUAUUAGUAUAUAUUAAUAAAAAUAUAGAUAUAUUAGAUCUUUCAAGUUUAUCAAAUUUAUGUUAUUUCGUACAUAAAUUAAAUAUAAAUAAAAACUUACAAAAGGAUAUAUUUUGUAAUAUAAAUAAACAAUUAAAAAGAAAUGAUAAUAAAAAUAAUAAAAUAAUUUAUGAUAUAUCAACAAUUUUUGAAACGUUAUCAUUUCAUAAUUUUUUAGAUGAAACAUCCUUUCACAUUUUAUGUAAGCAUUUACAUCGUCAUUUGGAAAGUUUAGAACCUUAUGAAUUUAAUAAAAUUAUGAGAGCAUUAACAAAUGCUCAGAAACAUUUAAAAAUAAAAGAUGAAAGAAUUGUUAAUGCUAUAGCUAGACACGUCAUACAACAACAUGAACUAUUUCAUAUUAUAGAUUAUCAUCAGAUAGUUAAUUUGUUACUACAAUCUAAUCUAGUUAAAGAUAUAUACAAAAUAGAGUUAAUUAAAUAUCAUAACAAUCUUCCAUUUUAUUCUUUUGAUAAUUUAGAAAUUCAGGACGACAUAAACAAACAAGUAAAACCUAAAUCAAUAUAUAGAUACCAAAAGGGAACCAUCUAUUUUUCGAAUAAAAAAUAUGAGCAGCCAUAUCCCUUACAUAAGUCCCUUGAACAUUAA